UAGACUAGACUAGAAGAAGCUAGAAAAUAGAACCUACAAGUAGAAGUGGUCAAGCAAGCAGAGACUAGUAGAGACUCACUAGAGGAGCAGCAACAGCAGCCUCUGUAAAAGUAUAGUAGACGAAAAAGGAAAGAAAAGAAAAAACACAAAAGAUGGCAGCCUCCAUGAUAGUGAGCCUGAAGAAGGCCCCCUUCACGAUCGAGAGAUCGCCGGUCAGGGGGCUGCCUUCUCUGGGAAGGACUUCCUCCCUCAAGGUGCAGGCCGGCAGUGGCACGAAGAUCAAGACUGACAAGCCUUAUGGGAUCAAUGGAGGCUUGAACCUCAAGGACGGCGUGGAUGCGUCCGGCAGGAAGCAAAAGGGAAAGGGUGUGUACCAAUUCGUUGACAAGUAUGGUGCUAAUGUCGAUGGGUACAGUCCCAUCUAUAACCCGGAUGAGUGGUCCCCAAGUGGCGAUGUCUAUGCUGGUGUUAAGUAGUAAAUCUCUCCUAUUUCUAAGGAACAACGGGAUUGGCGAUAUGGGCGGUUACUAUGCUGGGUCUGCUUGCUGGGGGAGCUCUUCUCGUCUAUAACACCAGUGCCUUGAGUCAGUAGGAUAAGAUGUACCUCAUCCCGAUGACUCCUUCCUCUCUUAAUA